AGGUGGCCUUUACACCUUAGCGGAUUUGAUAGCUCAAAUUUCCCUAUACGUCAGGAAAUUCGCGCGUUCCGAACUGGUCUUUCGCUUAUUUGGACCUACGAUUGGGUUCCUUUGCCUGUCAUGUACCCUCAACUGGUCUUUAUGGCUGUUCAUGCGUAUUUCUUCGUUUGUAUCUUCUCUCGCCAAUUCAUCAUUACCCCAACCGCGGCCAACUAUACUGUGGUGGAUCUUUACUUUCCGCUCAUGUCAUCACUCGAGUUCAUUUUCUAUGUCGGAUGGAUGAAAGUUGCUAUGGAGCUACUCAAUCCUUUUGGAGAAGAUGACGACGAUUUUGAUUGCAACUUCCUUCUGGAUAGAAACCUCACAGUGAGUUGCAACUAAUA